AUGUCAACCCAAGCAGUUCCUCCGCUGCCUCAAAGCGCCGGAUAUGGCGUUGUCGUCGGGCUUGGCGCAGUAUUUGCUCUCGGUAUGAUCUGGGUUACCAGAGCAAUGAAGAAAACUCUCCAUGAGGAUAAUCACUCUACAGAAACUUUUAUGGUGGCUAAUCGCAGCGUCGGGACGGGCCUGACAGCCGCCGCCGUCAUCUCCUCGUGGCUAUACAGCACCGCGCUGCUGGGCGCGUCGUUGCUCACGUAUCGAUACGGCGUCGCCCUAGGGGUAUGGUGGGGAGCCUCGGCCAGCACCACUGUGUGCUUCCUGUCCCUCAUUUCCAUCGAGGCCAAACGUCGGGCGCCGCACGCGCAUACCCUUCUGGAGCUGGUCAAGAAGAGGUAUGGCGCCGUGGCUCAUGUGCUCUGGAUCGUGUUCUGCCUCGUCAAUAAUAUGCUCGUCUUCUCCAGCAUGCUGCUGGGUGCUGGUACUGCCGUCACAUCGUUGACGGGAAUGCAUAUCCUAGCAAGCAUAUAUCUAAUGCCGCUUGGAGUGGCUAUUUACACCUACUUUGGAGGUCUCCGCGCGACCUUUCUGACCGACUUUGUGCACACAUUUGUCAUUAUGAUCAUUUUGUGCUGGUUCACGAUCAAAGUCAUCACCGCCCCCGAGAUUGGCUCUAUUGGUGCUCUAUACGAUGGUAUAAUGGCCAGAGAUCGAGAGAGCUCGGUGGCUGGCAAUUGGCAAGGCAGCCACCUCACCAUGCGGAGUGAUGGGUGCCUGUAUUUUGGUAUCCUCCAUGUGAUUUCCAACUUUGGCAGUGUCAUUAUGGACACUGGAUUUUGGCAAAAGGGCUUUUCCGCCGACGUUGCUGCUGCUGUGCCGGGAUACGUACUGGGUGGCGUGGCUUCAUUUUCGGUGCCAUGGACAGUCGGGACCGUAGUGGGACUCGCUGCGUUGGUCUUGGAGCAGACUCCAGCUUUUCCAAUCUACCCAAGAAUGAUGACCGAGACAGAGAUCAGCAGUGGUUUGGUUCUACCAUACGUGACCCAAGCUGUCGCCGGCCAAGCUGGCUGUGUCGCCAUUCUAUUGACAAUCUUCAUGGCAUCGACAUCAAUCGCUUCUGCACAAAUGAUUGCUACAAGCUCAAUCAUUUCUUUUGAUAUUUACGGUACUUAUAUCAACAUGAAUGCAUCCAACCAGCAGCUGAUUCGAUGGUCGCAUCUCGGAGUGAUCUUGACCUCGAUUGUGAUAUCUACUCUGGCUACAGCAUUCCACUAUGGAGGAGUGGACAUGUCUUGGCUCUUGUACGCCAUUGGGAAUGUGGUCAAUCCUGGCGUCUUUCCCACUUGCUUCACACUCUUUUGGAAGGGCCAGACGAGAAUGGCGGCCAUUGCAUCCCCGAUUGUUGGGAUUAUUUGCAGCUUCUCGGUCUGGUUCGGCACGGCCUAUGCAUAUUAUGGAGAGGUGUCCAUCACCUCCACCGGGGGUACAAUGCCGUGUCUUUUCGGCUGCGUUACUGGUUUUUUGGUCCCGUUACCAGUGUCUGUUGCGAUCUCCCUUGCACAGCCCGAGUCUUUUGAUUGGAACAUUUUCCAAAAGAUCAAAAGGGUGCAAACGAAUGGCGAUACCAACGUUUCGUGGUCGAGUCCUGAAAGAGUACAAUACAUGAAGAAAAUGCGAUGGUGGGCUGCGUUCUGGUCGGUACUCACCAUCACGGGACACGCGCUUUUGUGGCCCCUGCCCAUGUACGGCGCAAAAAUGGUCUUUUCCAAGAAUUUCUUUACUGCUUGGAUGGUGGUUGCUUUCGUAUAUCUUUGGUUUACUCUAAUUGUCAGCAACGUCUACCCAAUUCUUGAUGGUGGCUAUCGACAGAUUUGGACCGUGGUUCGCGGCACAGGAGGCAAAGGCGCAAUCACGCCGAACUCCCGGGAAACACCAUCUCCCGAAUCGCCGUCGCCGAAGGACCAGAAAGAAGCAGAGACUGAGGGCCAGGCUGUCUAA